AUGUCGUGCGGAGAGGCCCGGGAGCCCUUCAGGAGGGACAUUGCACGGAUAGAUAGGCUCAUUUACGAGCACGAAAAAAAAGUGCAAUCUUGCAAGUAUAAAAAAAGGCAGUGCUAUAGACUCCUGUCGAUCCUGACCGACUAUGAUAACUGGUUGAGUGAGACGUGCGAAAGGGUAGGAGAAGGGCUGCGUAAAAAAAGAAAGGAAACAAAAUCACGAGGUGGGAAGCUAUCGGGGGAGAAAAGAAGGGUGAAAAUAAAAGCUCUGAGAAAAGCCCGAGUAAAGUGUGGACACAGAAGGGAUGACCCCUCUAGGUGUGGUAAUGAAAAGGUGCAGGAAGUUGCUGAGGGGGGGGAGCGGCAAGAGGGGGAGCGGCAAGAGGGGGAGCGGCAAGAGGGGGAGCGGCAAGAGGGGGAGGAGAAUCUCGAAGAAGCGGCAGAAGAAAAUCGCGAAGACGCGGCAGAAGAAAAUCGCGAAGUAUACCAGAAUAAAGGUGAACUGCCAAGUGAAGCGAAUCGAACGUGCGAAGAAACCGGGGGGAGGGAAGCAGAGAGUUCCGAGGGGACUCAUCCAAAUGGACAAAAUACAGUCGUCGAAAGGGAAGGGGCACGUGAAGCAGUAGAGGAAGGGAAAAUAUGUUUAAGUGAAGAGAAAGAAAAGGAGGAAGAGACAGGACGUGGUGAGAUGGUGCACAACUCUGGGGGUGAGAAAAAUGAGAAGAGCUUGGAAAGGGUGCCAAGUGAUAUUGGGGGAUGUCCUCAUAAAGUGGGGAGAGAUGAGGAGGAGAAGAGUAAGCAGAAUGACGAAGUGGAGCUUUUGGAGGAGAGUAAGCAACAUGACGAAUUAGAUUUUUCGGAGGUGCAGGUGAGGGGAGAUACAAAGGAAGAAGGAGACACGCAAGGGGGUGGAAGGCCCGAGGGGGGGGAAGAAAAAGAAGAAAUGGCAGAGGUGGGAAGGAAGGCAGGAAAGGAGAAAAGAGCGCGGAGAAGGGAGAAAAAGACGAGGGGUAAAAAGGGGGGAGAUAAGAAGGGAGAUACAAAGGAGAGGAGGGCGCGAAAGGGGGAGGGGAAAAAAGAUAAGCAGAGGGAGAAGCAGAGGGAGAAGCAGAGGGAGAAGGAGAGGCAGAAGGAGACAAAAAUGGAAGAGGGGGAGGAGAGAGAAAAGGUAGAGGAGGAGAAGCUGGAUGAAGGAAAAGCGGUAGAGAUGGAGAACGCAACGGAGGCAACGGUGAGUGAAGGAAAAGAAGAAAAUGUGGAAGGAGAAAAGGAGCAGGGGGGGGAGGAAGUUAAGGAGGUGAAGGUAGAGAAAGAAACCGAAGAGAAAAAUGAAGAUGAACGAAAUGCCAAGUUGGACAUGGAAAAAGAGGCGAUGGUGCAAGAAGGAGGGGAGAUGCAUACGGAGGGAGAGAAGCCGACGAAGGUGUCGGAAGACUCAACGAUCGGGGAAGUCACGGAGGAAAAGAUCGGAGAUGAAGGAAAGGAGAAAGCGGACGCGGAAAAGGAGGCAAAGCUGGGCGCCGAAAAAGACGUGCACGCAGCAGCCGUAAGCGAAGCAGCCCCAAACGAAGCAGCCCCAAACGAAGAAGCCCCAAACGAAGCAACCGCAAGCGAAGAAGCCCCAAACGAAGCAGCCGCAAACGAAGCAGCCGAAAAGGACGAACCACAAAGAAGCAACCAUGAGGACGAGCCGGGUAAGACAGCGGAAAACGAAAUCGUGCAUCAUAUUCUCAGCGAGUAUUCCAACACAAUUCAGUACACGAGUUUUCUCGAUUACAUAAAAAAUAAGAAGGAGCCAGAGUAG